AUGAAGAAAUUGACAGGACAGCUUUUUUGGAGUUGAACGCAUUAUUGCUGCAUGCAAUGGGCAUCAAAAUGGGCCAGGCCAUUAAAAUUCAAGCCAUAAUUGAGGGAAAAAAGGGAUUUUUACGACUGAGUUGUUACUUGUGCUUAAAAAAAUUUCAAUACACUAAUGAUUAUACUUAUCAUUUAAGAAACACGCACCUGUUGUUUGAACCUUGUUUUUUACGAUGCAAUGCUGAUGGUUGCAUGCGCACAUUCACACUUUAUAAAGUGUUAUGUAAACAUUAAAAAAACUCAUAUGUGUCAUAAUAAUUUGAAAGAAGUUGAUAAACAUUCAGAUAUAACUAUCCAAAAUACAGAAAAUGAAUACUUAGCUGAAGAUUACAAUGAGGUUUUAUAUUCUGAAAGUUUAACAAAAGAAAGUGUAGUAAAAGAAAGUGUUUUUAUUGCACCUAUUGUAGACGAGUAUGGUGUUUCACACGCAGCAUUAAAAUUUUUGAUGUCUCUGCAAUCUUCUAGUUCCAUUUCUCUAAGCGUAUCUCAGUUCAUAAUGGAUAGUUUAAAUGAGUUGUUAAAGGAUAUUAUUAAUUAUCUGCUUGCCAAGACGUUGUGUUAAAAACAUACAGAUGUGAUGCCGCAACAUUUAAUACUCUUUCAGAAGAAUUUAAUAACUGGAAAAAUCCUUUUAAAGGCAUUGAUACUCAUUAUAAAAUGUUGAAUUAUCUUAAAGUAAAAGGUCUCUAUGUUGAACCUGAAGCACAUUUAAUAGGAGAUCGGUGGGAUGUUAAGCGAGACAGAUCAACAAAGCAACAAAUGCAGGUGUGUGUAAAAAAUAAAUUUUACCUUAUACCAAUUGAGAAAACUUUGAAAUUGGUUUUGCGACAACCUGAGACUUGGAAAAUUUUAAAAAGAAACAAUGAGUCAGCAAAUGAUAUAGCAGAAGAUUGGUUAGACGGUAAGCAUGGGAGACAGCUAAAAACAUAUGCCAAACAUUAUUUUCCUAACAGUAUUCAUGUAUUUAUUCAGAUUUAUUUUGAUGAGGUAGAGACAACAAAUCUGCUUGGAUCCAAAACUGGAAUACAUAAGUUAGGUUCAUUUUAUUUUACAAUAAAAAACUUUCCACCAGCUGCUAAUUCUGCAUUAAGCAAUAUUCAUUUGUUGGCCUUGGCACAUUCGGAAGACAUUAAAUGGUACACCACUGAUCCUGUUAUGGAAGUUAUUGUUCAGCAAUUAAAAGACUUACAUGAUGAGGGCUUUACUGUUUUUUGUGAUGGAAAAGAGAUAAAUAUUCGUUGUUUUUUAACACAAGUUGUUGGUGAUAAUUUAGAGCUACAUGCAAUUCUUGGAUACAUGGAAAAUUUUAGCAGUGCAUCAUUUGCUUGUGACUUGUGUAUGGCAACUCAGGAUGAGAUGCAAAAAGUAUUUUGUGAAUAUUCUCUUACAAUGAGGACACAACAAUCAUAUGAGCAACAUAUUGAGCAGCUUAAUAAUGGUACCAUUUCAUCUAAAGAGUGUGGCAUAAAGUGUCCCUCAACUUUAAAAAGUUUGAACUAUUACCAUCCUGCUUGUAAUGACUCAGCCGAUAUAAUGCAUGAUUUGUUUGAAAGUGUAAUUCCGUUUGAAGUCAAGUUAUUUUUGCGCCACAUAAUUUAUGACUUGAAGCUUAUUAAUCUCCAUGGGCUUAAUUGUCGUAUUAAUACAAUGGAUUAUGGUUUGGUUAGUAACUCAAAGCCAAGUUUUAUAAGUGAGUCACAUUUAAAAAGUCACAGCUCAUUGCUUGGACAAAGGUCAGCUCAGAUGCUGAUUUUGUUUUUACAUUUACCAUGUAUUUUAGCUGAUGUUAUUGACAAAGUAGAUAAUUUAAAAUGGCGUUUGUACCAAUUGCUAAAACAGCUGACAGAAAUUAUUUUAUUGCCAAACUCUGUACUGUCGCAUGUUUUGUACUUAAAAGAUCUUGUAUCAGAGCAUCAUGAGUUAUUUAAAAUAUGUUAUCCUGAUAAAAGACUUUUAUACAAACAUCACAGAAUGGUUCACUAUGGUACUAUAAUAGAGAAUAGCGGACCACUUUUACAUAUGAUGGUAAUGCGGUUUGAAGCUAAGCAUAACUUUUCUAAGCGUCUUGCUCAUAUCAUUUAUAACUUUAAAAAUAUAGCGUUUUCUCUCGCAAGCAGACACCAACUUUCUCAUGCUUUUGUUUGGAUGACUAGAUGUCCAUCAAAGGGGAUUUCAGAAGUUUGAAAUGGUACAAUUAUUUCAUCGUCAGAUAUUAAGCAUAAGUCAUUAAUUUUACCUUUUAUUGGUGAAAAAAUAGAUGUGUUUAUGACUGAAAAAGUAGUCAUUUUUGAUCAAAAGUACCAAACUAAGAUGUCUGUACUUCACUCUAUUAGUGAUGAAGGUGAACCGUCAUUUGUUAAAAUUGAACAAAUAUAUGUUCAUCACAGUGUAAUUUAUUUUAUUGGACUUAAGUGGCUUGUCCACAUGUAUUGUGAUCUGACUCUAUCGUAUUGUUGUUCUCUCGAUUCAGAGCGUGUAUGUUUGAGAGCAAGUGACUUAGCAGAUUAUAAACCUUUUGAUGCUGUUCAUUGUUUAAAACCUACAUGUAUAUACAAGCAUAUUAUUUUACGUCACCAUUUGUAUCAUUGCAAUAAAAACGAUAGUGUAUUAAAAGAUGUAACAUGCUUUAAAGAUACAACAGCUAUAGCUUUCAGUUUAACUGAAACUUUAAACAGCCCCCUUGAUGAGUCAGCUGUGUCACCAACAUUAUCAUCGACACUUCAACUUUCACCUGACGUUUUAAACGAGUCAAGAAAAAUUAAGUUAAAUGUUUCUACUACUGAUGUACAGGUUGCUUUAAGAUUGGAUAACAUUGACUUUAACAUACGUAGUUUGCUUGAUGAGCAUCAAACAGGUAAGCUUGUUUUGGCAGAAUAUGAUUCUACAGGUGCACUUAUUAAAAGGCUUCAAGAUAUGAUCCACAUUGUUGUUAACUCAAUGGUCCAUAGAGUUGGAAUUAUGUAUCCUUCCACAAAAACCAAAUCUAAUCUUGCAAAAGCAAUUAUCACUGCCUUUCCAAAGCUGCAUUCUAGUGGAAAACUUGGAUAUGAAAACUAUUAUAGUCCAUAUACAGAAUUUGUAAUGGGUAAUAAGAAAAAGAAGGUCACUCCUCAUGGCCACAUAGAAGAGAGACUGAAAACUAUGCGUAAACAUGUUGGUGUUCAAGUUCAAGCUCGUCGAAAGAGAGUUAUUGUUUUAGCAGAAGAGUUCCACUCAUCAGCACCUUUUUCAAAAGAAGAAAUAAGUAUGAUUGCAGAGUUGAGAUUUGAUGACUUAGGCUAUGAAAAAAAGUUGGACUAUAUGGAAAAAACUUCAUGCUCUCGUCGAAAAUGGAUUGUGAAUUGUAGGCCAACAUUUGAUGAUUUACUCAAAACAUUUCCGCCACUAAAAGAUCUAUCCAAACACUUUCAGAAAGAUUUCUGUUGCAAUUUCGCAGAGUUGAAUGAUUUUUUGGCUCAAUGGGAGUUAAUAACGCCACAUGUUAUCUCUUGGGCAAGGCAAAAGACAAAUUUGAUGGUCAAGCAGAUUCUUGCUGAGCUUGAUAUGCAAGACAACCCUUCUAUAGGAAUUGAAAUGGAUUUUGCAUUGUUAUUACUCCCCUUUAUAAUUAAAGUACCAUCAAAGAAUAAAAGUUGUGCAUCAGCUGCUGAAGUUGCAGAACAUUUUAUUCAAUUUUAUCCGGCAUCAACUCCGAUGGAAAUUAUGCUUUAAAGUCUUACUCACAAGCAUCCGUUAGUCAUAGCUUUGGGUACUCAUUGCAGUGUCGGUCAAUUAUUUAUUGUUACAGACUGUCGAGCUAUUCCUUUCAACAGAUGUAUAUCUUAUGCUGUUGACAUCUUAAUUAAACUUUAUUUUUUAAUGAACAUGGAGUAUGCGGAACAAUGUAGCCACAUAUUGUACUUUUUGCAGCAUACCGUGUUAGGUUACCAAGAUGAAAUGCAUCUAUCGAGAGGAGCGAGUGACUUGUCCCUUUACCUUAGACAAAAACUUAAUCAAUUUUAAACGCAGAAACAAUUAUAUUUUGGUUAUUAUUUGCUAUAUGCAUUGUUAUUGCUAUAUUGCGUAAAUUUGUAUAAAUUAUACUUUUAAAUAUGACUUUCUGAAAAUAAAA